AUGUCUGGAAGCACGGGAGAACGUUCUUUCGCUGAUAUUAUUACCAGUAUUCGAUACUGGGUUAUUCAUAGCAUUACUAUACCUUCCCUAUUCAUUGCGGGUUGGUUAUUUGUCAGUACAGGUUUAGCUUAUGACGUGUUUGGAAGUCCUCGACCAAACGAGUAUUUCACGGAAAGCCGACAAGGAAUUCCAUUAAUAACCGACCGUUUUGAUUCUUUAGAACAACUAGAUGAAUUUAGUAGAUCCUUUUAG